GACCGUCACGAGAGGAGCGUCCGACACGAACCGGGGGAGGAAAGAAGGAAAAGCGAGUCGGUGGAUGAUUCUGCGUGGACCUUGAUUUGUCCCCGGGACGCAGCCAGAAUCCCGAGAGCUUGAUCCGGUUCUGUGAUUCUGCAGAGGACCGGGUCACCGCAGAGAGGAUUUGUCGAGGCGGGCGAAAGGGUUUGUGAUCACCGGUGUCCUCUCAGCGCGGUCCCGGGAGAAGCGUUUUGACCGUGGAGCUUCCUCGUCGCCAAAUGGGUGUGAACGCGUGAGGAGAAUACUAAUGAACGGCGCGCUGCGUCCUGCUGAGGCGCACCGCGUCCCCCGCUGCAGCUGAGGGCCACAGCACCACAGCUGAGCCGAUCCGUCAUCCACAGCGACCUGAGGAAUCUUACACAUGAGCUUCGACCCUCCAGAAGCUGCUGACAAAUAAAACAAACAGCGGAAAAAAAAGACGCCAGGAUGGGAAACAGCUUCUCCAACAUCUCCGCCUUCCAGUCCCUCCACAUCGUCAUGCUGGGUCUGGACUCCGCGGGGAAGACCACGGUCCUGUACAGACUCAAAUUCAACGAAUUCGUCAACACGGUCCCGACGAUCGGCUUCAACACGGAGAAGAUCAAGCUGAGUAACGGCACCGCGAAGGGCAUCAGCUGCCACUUCUGGGACGUGGGGGGCCAGGAGAAGCUGAGGCCCCUGUGGAAGUCCUACAGCCGGUGCACGGACGGCAUCAUCUACGUCGUGGACUCCGUGGACGUGGACAGGCUCGAGGAGGCCAAGACCGAGCUGCACAAAGUCACCAAGUUCGCGGAGAACCAGGGCACGCCGCUGCUGGUCAUCGCCAACAAGCAGGACCUGCCCAAGUCCCUUCCGGUGGCGGACAUCGAGAAGCAGCUGGCCCUGCACGAGCUCACCCCCUCCACCACCUACCACAUCCAGCCCGCGUGCGCUAUCAUAGGCGAGGGGCUCCACGAGGGCAUGGACAAGCUGUACGAGAUGAUCGUAAAGAGGAGGAAAUCCUUAAAGCAGAAGAAGAAGCGGUAACUGGAGCCGGUCCUGCGGACGAGGCUGUAGUCCGGGUUCUGCCCUGGUGGCGUGGCCCCUGCAGGUUCACGCGCUGCAGUGAUUUUUGUUUUUACAUCCUCCGUUUGGAUUAAAGCUGUGAAGUCCUGCUGGAUGAUGCUUUUGCACACAGGAGGCUGCAGGAGAUACAAGACUGAAUUAAAAGGUUUAACCAAAAAAAAAAGAAAAGAAAAAGAGACAGAGGAGAAACUUGAACUUGUGUUCAGGAGAAACAGGCGGGCCUGUUCAUCUGCUGCUUUACCGCUGACUGGAGGAGAACAAGCUCCUGUGCUGAGGACUUUUAUGGACCGAUAUGUUUUUUAUUUCCAUCCACACACACACACACACACACACACACACACUGUGGAGACACAGGUUUGAUUUUGCACGUGGCUCGGGGGUCACAUGUUCCCCCUGCUCUUUGUUUUUUUGGGGGAAACCAGAUCUCACUGCAGCAAAAUCCCCCAGAAUCCGGAGAUGUAGCUGCCCAGAUGUUUCAGUCGGACAUCUCCGGAUUCUUGGGGGUUCUGUUGCAGUCAGUCAUCUGUAGUAUCAGUCUGACGGUUCUGGGUGUCCUGCAGACUGUUUCUCUCCUGGAGCAUUGAAGUAGCCUUUCCUCUGUGUGGUGGGCUGAGGACAAGAGCGUCCACUACUUUGCACUUUUCAUUUCCUAACAAACAGUAGAGAACUACACUGUAUUAACAGAGGAGCAGAUCCAGGUGGUUUAUGUACUAAGAAAAA